AUACGCAAAGCAAAAAACAAAAGUGGGAGUACAAAAAAGAGGAGAGUUUUCAAUUUUCUAGCGUCGUUUUUUGUACGCAAAUAUAUAUUUUCUAAUGGCGCCGCCGCCCAAAGUAGUUGUGGACCAAGGCAGCGCACGCAGCAGCACUAGUAACAACAACAACAACAACUCGGUGGGCGGGGCAACCGGCGCCGUACCCAAACAACAAACGCCUCCAAAUGGAGCACCUCCAUCCGGAGGAAGUGCUUCAACGGCAAGCAACAGAUCAGCUCGAUCCCGUCGACAGCAGGAGCACUUGGGUGAGCCGGACAUGGACUUCGUGGAGCCAUUGCAAAGGGAGACGCUAAAAACAUUAAAUGAUCUCCUCCAUCGAGCACGCAUCACCAACGGCAAGAAUCGAUCCCCGGCUGAGCAGCCGCUGUCCACUAAGGAAACCAGGUCACCAUCCCAACAGCAACAACAACGCGCGACCCUGCGUCAACUGGCUGCCGAGCAAAGCAACUACGAUUCAGCAGAGCAAUUGCAGGAACAGCAGCAGCGCUAUCGAUUUCCCGUGCGUCCUGUCCAGAGAGUUCAGCACCAGCCAUCCUCGUCAUCUAAUAGUACGGGCGCCCCAUCAUCUUCGUCGGCAUUGCUGCGUUUGCGUCAAUCGACGCCACCGAAUGCUACAGUAGGCGUGGUUAUUCCAAACGCAACUACCAGCAACGGGAACGGUAAUUUAAGUGGCACCGAAGAGCACCCACCGCCACUGCACCAACUUAUCAAUCGGCUAUUUGGUGUCCAGCACUUCGUACCCAGAAUUGAACCAGGUCGUUCCCAGGUAGAUGUUUUGCGAUCUCUGCUGGGACUGGACGAGAACCUGAACUGCACAAGACACCAACCGAGUGCACAGCAAGUGGAGGCACAGAUCAACAACAUGGUGCACGAGAUCAACCCAACCGGAGGACAGGAUGAAGGCAUUGUUAAUUCGACUAGUUUGGAGGAUGUUGCAUUAAGCGAGAUGAGCGACAAUCGUGCCCAGUCCAUCCAAUCCCUGCACAGCGUUUUGGAAACACCCACGCCCGAUACCACGCCCACUUUCGAUGAGCUGCAGCAGCGCCUAGAGGCAUCAAACAGGAAUAUGCAACAUCUGCAGGAUGAACAGGCCAAAUUGGUACACAUUCAAAAUAUGGCCAAAUCUCACCUUAGCGAGAUGGAACAGCUGCGCCAGGAGGCUGAUCGCAUGCCGCACAACAGCAAUGGAGGAGACGCACCCAAAUACGAAUCGGUGCAACAGGUCCAGAACGACAUGGCCUCGCUGGUAGGCCGCAUGAAGAAUCUCACCGCCUUUAUUCACAACCAGAACGAGCUGAGCGCAGUGCUCGGGGAUGAUGGUCCUGAAAUACUGGCAGAGCAGCAGGCAUUGCAGGAAAAAUUGGAAUCACUGCGCACCCAACGGGAGGAUAUGCGCAAUCUAGUGGAUGAGCUUAAUAGCAUAAACCGUACAGCGAGGGAGUCAGCUAGGGUCAUCAAAGAGACGACACCUACACCUCCUCCGAAACCAGCUCCUGCUCCAGAGCCGGCCAAGGAGCGCGUUGUACCAGUGGAGUACCAGAGGAACGUACCCAUCAUGCGUCAGGAAGCGGCAAAUGCGGCUCAGCGAGCUCUUCACGCACAGGCAAUGAUCAACCAAAAGACGGCCGAUAUAGAAGCCUUAAAGGCUCAGAUGGCCAGAUUGAAGGGAAUGCUCAACACUGUUACCCAGAUUGAGGAGGGCACUCCCAGUAUGGGCGGCUCUUUGGAGCGACGAAGUGAGGAGAGGUCCAGUGUGGAUCGCGAGCUUCCGGCGGAGAUAGCCCAGCGCGUGUUCGCCCUGAACGACGUCACUUCGGAACUACGUGCUGAGGCAGCUAGUUUGCAAAAAGAGCGUGAUCGCAUCCUGGCUCUGAAGGCGGAAAUCGAGCGACGCAAGCAACAGGCAGCCGCAGCAGUUCAGAUGGGUGAGGAGGCCCUUAAGCGAAACAGUCUAACUCCGACACCGACGCCCGGGAGACAGCGUCAGGUGGCCGAGGAAGAGGAUCCGUCUGAGGUGGAUACUUCACUUCAAGCCACACCCACUAAGGAACAGCUGCGCGAUGAACUGCGCUUGCAGUGCGAGCGCCUGCGCAAGGAGUACGAGCAAAAGCAGCGGGAACUUGAGCAGCGCUACGUUGCCAGCAAUAACACCACCUCGGAAGCUGAUGACGAGGGAAACGAUGACACGGACAGCGAUAAGUACUUUGCUAACGUUCGUACCGCCUCCUCGGCAACCCUUAAGCGGGCUGCAUCUGCUAGUACAGUUGUGGAGCAACGACGCGGACAGCAGCCGAACUUGCCACAACAACAAGCUCCGCAGCCUCCGGCACCUCCAUCCACGCUCAACGAAGAUGAUCUGAACGUGACAAUCGAUACCCUGUCCCUGGGCAACGACAGUCUGCCGUCGAGCAGCAACAGGUCACAGUAUAUGCCGCCACCCAUGCCCCCAGUACCGGGAAUAUGGGCAACACACAACUCUGGUAAUUCGUGGCAUGGACAGCAGCCGAUUUAUGGCCAGGCCAGCUCCAGCACCGGAACAGAGUUCAAGCCACCACAAGUAGUCCCGCAAGUGGGCUCCUCAAAUGCUUCCGGAUCCAACGCCUCAAACGAUGCCGUGCUGCUGCAGCAGUUUAUGCAGACACAGCAGAUGCUCAUCAACUCAGUGUGCCAGUGCAACCAGACGCUGUGGCAUCAGCAGCGGGAGAUCGACAACCUCAAUAACCAGCUGCAUACGCUUCAGGAUCGCUUCAAUGUAGUGGCAUGUCAAGAUCAUAGCUUCGGGUUGCGCUCGGAAUCCGUUCCGCCUCCGAAUCUGCCGGUAGGUCCUGCUAUGGGUCAGAUGCCUAACAAUCUGUGCAUGGGCAACAGUCGUGCUCAAUCGGAGCAGCUAUUUAACUUUGGCACCCACCAGAGCGCCUUUAGUAACUAUCAGCGUAGCUGUCACCGUACGGGAAGUGAAUCUCAUCAUCAUCAGCAGCAACAACAUCAGGCGCAGCCGUUCCUUAACAAUGCUGCUCCACCGCCGCCGCCGACGCAUUACAACAAUGAGACGCCCCUUUCACCGCCAACGUACCGCUCAAGCCCGGGUCCAAUUUUCAUGAACCACCACAACAACACGAUCCACCAGAACAACUCAAAUCUGCGCACCCAGAAUCAGCAUGCCAACAAUCUGCACUCAUUGCCCGAGGGACCAACUGGGGGUGGAGCACCAGGUGGCGGUAUUACACUGAACAAUCAGGUGCCACCCGGCAACCGGGCCAAUAACUACUGGGAUAAUUUCCGCAGCCACUCGCGCCAGAAUCUCCUUUCGAACAAAAGCAAUGAGGAGUUGAACGUGGACCAUCAACAGUACCGUCGACAACGGGCGCGUCCCAGCUACUUUCAGCCGGCUCCGAUACUGGCACCGUUAACGACCCGAAGUGGUUUGACCCACCAGCAGCAGCAACAGCGUCGCCCUUUUUUCGACCAGCCACUAACCGCUUUGCAUGGCAGCAGCUCCAAUGGCAGCAAUAAUCUCAACAAUAGCGGCAGUGCGGGCAGAAAACGUGACUGGCGCGAAGAUCCCGGUCAUAAUCGCGACCAUGAUGAUGACGAUAUUGAUGAAGUGGAGGAGAACCAUGACAACGCCAUAUUUGGCUCUGGUAGACGCCGGAAUCGUCGUCGUCCUCAACUUUCCACACUGCGAGAUGAGGAGCCCGAACAGACCAGUUCAUCUAAUCUCAACAUGAACGUAAACUACGGUAACAGUCCGCUGUAUCAACGGAACAAGGUACCAGCAAAGCCAACCACUUCAACAGUAUCGCUGACUCCUUUGCAGCAGCGACACCUUCGAUUCGAUUUCGAGCUUCCAGCUCACUAUAUGGACUAUAUUGAGCUGCCCCAGAUAACUCCAGUGGAUAAUACUCCUAUUCUUGGACAGGAAGUCUCCACCGCGGACGAAUCGAAUACUUUGGAGCAAACCGAAGAAACGGCCUCCGAGGAGCUGAAUCGAAAUCUUCUGGUAAAUGCUCUGAAGAACGAUAAGUUCACCACAAAGUUUUACGAGUCCAUAAAGGAGGAUGUCUACCGUCGAUUGGAGACGCUCUUUGAGCAGCAGCAACAGCAACAGCAGCAACAACAAAAUCAGCACUUACAGCAGUCACAAGAGCCGCGCGGGCUGCGAAAAGCUCUAAAUCAGGAGGAGAAUGAAGCUUCGGGUGAUGUAGAGGCCACCGAAAGUCGUAGUGAGUCGCCGCUGGAAGUGAUGCGCAUGCAGCUGGAUAACGACCGUCCCGAAGACGAGAAGGGAUCGCCAGUGAAACAACUAACUGUGGUCAUUCCCCAGAACGGACAUGACCUAGAAGAAAUGGAGGCUAGCGCUUCUGCUGUUAGCUCUUCUCUAAGGCUGGAAAAUGAAGAGCAAAUGAUCGAGGGGAAAGUAGAACAUGUCACUGGGUCUGGAUCAGGGGGAGGAACCAGCAUGGAACUGGCCCCGGAUCACGAAUUGAUCGAGUACAUUAUCAAACGCAUUCGCAACCAGACGCACAACAACACCGUUAUCAAUGAUUCCUUACUGGCUGAGGUGUCCAAGCUGACUGCCACUGCUGCCCAAAAUUCAGCAGCCAGUUCGCCACUCAUCUCGCCCAAGCGAAUUUAUGCCAAGAUUAAGAAGAUGGACAUACCACGGCAGCGCGACGAGUUUUUGCUUUGGUAUCGUUCCUAUUUGGAGCAACUGUUUGUGGUGGAGCAGCCGCAGGACAGCUGCAAGGCUAAGUCGAAGGUGCCAAUCACUGGCAGUCCGGCCAAGCAGACAAAUAAGCGAGUGCGCGAACAGUCCCAAUCCCAGUCGCAAGACUCCAAUAAUGACGCUGACCUGGCUGAAGCAGAUCAGAAGAACGUUUCCUCGUCGGGAAAUGGCGACCUCGAGUGUGAGAACAACGAAAAUCCCGGCGAGGAAGCGGAUGGCCAGGCUGCCGCAGAGUCUUCCGGUGCAGAAAAGCAGGAUAUCAGCCCGGAAUAGGCUAUCCUUUACCAAUAAGCAAACAUUCCUAACUUAACUAUACACUCUUAUAUGGAUAUUUCACAACUCAUUUACGGAAUUCGCAGACGUUACAUCUUUUUUGUCCGUGUCCCUAUUUAUAUUUAUUCACACUUCAUUUUGGCCUAUAGUUUUAUAUUUAACAUUAAAUUAUGCAACAUCUAU